AUGGGCUUCCGUUUUAACCUCGAAGGCCCUCUGUUGCGAUAUGUUCUUCCCCAAAUCACUUUUGCUCUACAAAUAUACGGAACAUGGGCCUAUAGCCAUAAAUUUUGCUAUGCUCAACUAUUCCACAGAUUCCAUUACAAGGCAACUUCAAUAGUCUUCAUUAUCAUUGAAUGUGUUCUUACGAUCAUAAUAUGGAUCAUUUGGGUUCGUUUAAUUUAUUUUAAUAAGCCAAUGGAACAACCUAUAAUUCCGCCAUAUAUGCUUGUCCCCGUCGGCUCGUCAUCAAACCAGGUAAUCUCUACAAAGCCCCCCAAAUAUUACCAAUGUGAUAAGAACGGUUAUCCACCAUGGUGUACUCAUUGCCAAAGUUUGAAAUUGAGUAGGUCACAUCAUUCCAAACAAGUUGGAAGAUGCAUACUUAGAUUCGAUCAUUAUUGUGCAUGGAUUGGAUGCGUCAUUGCAAGAAAUAAUUAUAGGCUGUUUUUGCAAUACGUAGGCUGGUUUAACUUAUUACUACUUUGGUAUUGGCUAACUAUUGCGGUGUUUAUUAGAACUAUUGGGAUGCUAAAUGGGAAUGUCAUUGUCGGAUUCAUACUGAGUUGCCUUGGUUGGAUGAUGACUCUAGGUUUAUUUAUCAGCCACAUCUAUUAUAUGAGUAACAAUAAAACAUCAAUCGAGACACUAGAUGCCGAACGGGGCAAACGGAAAAAGCACAAGAUGAUGGUAACUAACGAUGAAAUUGAACACGCCAGGAUUGAAUAUAACAGAAAAUACUUCUGUUAUUAUAACCAACAAGAUAAAUUUAGAUAUGUUGUUGAAUUGACAGCGGAUGAAUUUGCAAAAUGCUGGAAGAAACGUUCUUUUUGGAUAAAUGCAAGAGAAUUUCUUGGUUCCGAUAUCAUUUUCUGGUUGUUUCCAUGGGGAUCUUACUUCCCAGACUUGAGAAAAAGAGAAGCAUCCUCAUUCCAAUCAUAUGGUCAAUCAUAUGAUUUGGAGAAUAUUAUUGGACCUUAUAAAGAAGUCUUAAGUUCUUCAGCAAUUGACCUUAUCGAAAACAGGAUAACGCAAGGCAAUUAUGUUACUAAAUUCCUAGCAUAUGGAGACAACCUUGAUAUAAAUAUGUAG